UUUGCUGCGCUUGGCAAAGAAACCGAAACUAGGAUUUUACUUUAAUUUGGCACGAACAAAGUUCAGACGCGGCAACAAUGGGUGCUCAUUAUUUUUGUGUACUUUUAUUUUUGCCCGCGAUCUGCUCACUUCAAUUCGGGAGCCGCCGCUCAAAUCGCGUUUACUUUCGCCUCACUGGCACUCUAUCUCAGGUCUUUCAAUGUCAGUGUUCAGCCUCAAAGUAGUUAUAGAGAACCUGCAGAGUUGCUUGGAAGAUGAAGACGACCUUGACAUGGAUUCCUACAUUUUGGCCUACAGAGAGCUGUCCAAGUUCUUCCAAGAUCUCGGCUCACUGUUUGGCUUCAUCAACUCUGACGUGAAGAGCAAGCUUGACAUACUGGAAGAUUACCGGAAGUCGGAUGACGUAGGGGACAACUACGAAACACUGAACACCAUGAUCGAGUAUGAGAAGGGCGCAGGUACCAUCGAGGAUACAAAGAAGCCAUCAGGGUCACGCACGCUUCUCCGGCUUCACAGGGCACUGGAGUUCGUCGCCGCUCUGUUUAAAUGGCAUGUCUCUGGUGCAGUCACUGCAGCCUCCUUGAGCCCCUCUGAGGACUGUGUGGGGUCCAUGGUUCACAGUACGAGAAGCACUUCUCUAUUCCCAUCUUCUAGGAUAAAGUUGAGUCAGGCAGUUGCAGUCCUUAGGGCUAUCAGCAGUGCCAAUGACGAUGCAUCUGUUGGGAAGAUGGCGCAGGAGAGCUAUGACAGGACACUAGCCAAGCAUCAUCCGUGGCUUAUCAGGAAAGGAGCUUCUCUAGCCAUGUUGACUCUCCCGAAGGUUGAUGAGAUUUUUGCAAAGGCAUUGCCCGAUGAGAAGAAAGACCUGCGGCAACUGGUGUCGUCUGUCUCUGAGGAAGCCUACAAAGUGUACAACUUUACGCAGACUGUCUACGAACAGAAGAACCUUCUUAAUCUUCCUUAACGCUCCAUCUGACCAUGUGCGCGAGAGCGGUGGCCCCCCCCCCCCCCCGUGUGAAGACAGUUUUUGAAUGGCCCUCUGAACAAGAGUGUUCUCUGCAAACUGCCGAACAUCACUGCUCUUGGUAGAACAAAGCUUUAUUUUUUUGUUGUUGUUGCCAGGCAACAGUGUUUUAAAUGUGUUUGCAUGUACACCGUGCUGCCUCAUUCGAGCUGCCAUGACUGGCCUCUCAGUGAAGAGUGAAUGCAAGUUCUCUGUGUGGGUGUCUGACACCUGAGAGGUGAAAAUUUAGUCUUUAAUAACAACUUAUGAAGUUGGCAGUAGUUACUAUUUCAAGUGCCAGCUUGAGCUGCAGUAAUGUAUAGAUAUCUUGUUUAGCAAUUAUGUUUAAGUUUCGAUUUCAGAUUUAAUUCAUGAUAUUUCUUUUCGAAAAUGAAGCACUAUGCUCAUGAUUUUAUUGCAACGUGGUCUUCGGACAGUUUAUAAGUGUGUGUGAGGCCUACAGCCGGGAAGUCAAUGUUCUAGUGAGAGCAGUCUUAGAGUAGAGCUUAAUCUCUUUUGUGCCAUUAUGGUUGAAGAGAGAAGAUAUGGAAGAAAAUAUGCUGUCUGGUUAAACGUUCUAAGUGUAUAGCCCGAACGGGGUUAUUUUCAGCAUACCUUACUGUUAGCAUAUAAACUGAGAAAGUAUGUGAACAAGAAGUUGGCAGUGAGGCUUUGCUAUGAUGUCAAACCUGGAAAUAAUGAUUUAUAAGAUAUAACAACAUGAAUAUAAAAUGUUUGUCACCUAUCAGCAUCUAAGAAAUAUAUGCUUAUAACAAAUAUUGGAUAUAACGAAAGUAUUUAAGUGUCAGAUGUGACUUCUUUAUUAACGAGACUUGACUAUAUUAGUCAAGUUAAAUCCUGCAUAGGCUGAUUCACUCAUGUAAUAGGCCGAGCUCAGUAGACCUUAUGUAGUUGCGUGGUAUGUUGCAGGACACUUAAGUUUAGAGUCAACUCCGCAGCUGCUUAUGGUGUAAUUGCUGAUCAGGCAAAGCAAUAGUGGCUAAAUGUAGCGAAAUGCAAGGCUUUGUUUCUAAUGUGAGUCAGGAUAGAAGGCACGUAAAUGUGCCAUUGCUCAUUAACAUACUGAAGUAUUCUAUGUUUACUUGAAUGUGCUACUUCUCAAGGUAGAAUGAUGUGACAUUGCAUUGCAGCACCAAGUCUUGUCCAUGUUGAUGUCAGCGUCGAAGAUGGCAGCGUAUUGCCUUGUAAUUUAUGCAGGGCAAGUAAUCUAUUAUCGAAGUACUUCUUUUCCUUUGAUUCUGUUGAUUCUGUGUCACAGUGAGUGAUGGAUCUUGAAGAUCACAGUAGUGCAGCAGCGAGAGGCCUGCGUGCUGAUCAUGCAAGUUCAAUGCAGCAGUUAAAUGAAUUUCUAUGAAAUAUGUAUUCAGAUCAUUUUGCUUAGCAGGGAAGAAAGUUAUGACAAUAACAAAGAUAGUUUUGUGUGAUAGACAUUUGACACCUUUAGAAAGUGAAUGAAGUGGUGUUUGUGACUCCUCGAUAAUGGCUUUGUUGCCUUUUUUUUCCCUUAGUAAGAUUUAAAGAACAAACGAAUCAUGCCAUCAACUUCAACUAGAUGAACUGUGACAACCAUUAUACCUUUACAAACACAAAAAAGAAGCUCAAUUAUACCUGACCAUAUGCAGCGACAUCAAAACUCCUUGUGACUGAACCUUUGUACACAUUAGGGUUGGAUGAUUGCACAAUGUCACUUUAAUUUACAGUACUGAAAGGUGUUGUCACAUGAUGGAAGACUUGUUCAUAAGCCAUCAGUAAGACUCAGCUAUAAAAGCGUUUGUCUGUCAGUCUUUGCCUUGUGACUUUCAUGUAACUUAACCAUUUUCUGCACUGUUUUUAGCAUAGAGCUGUAAGUGUUCGCUUACAGCAAUAAAUUUAUCUUCAACUAAUUAUUUUUAAAUGCAGUAGAACCUUGUUGGUGCCUUUUGAGGUUGUAACAAUUCGUAAAACAUUGAGAGAAACGUCAGAAUCAUGUUACCCAAAUAGGACAUAUUUAAUCUUCUCCACUAUGAGCAUAAACUGAGAAAUCUUGUAAAUAAUGGAUGUAGGAAGGGGAAUUUCUUGCUGUGGCCUUUUGCAAGCUAAUGUCUGAAAGGAACAAAACUUACAUAGAAAGGCAAAUCGUCAGCUCCUGCGCAUUAUAUAAUGUGCGUGUGCGCAAGUUAUGAGAAAUUUAGCACACUUUGUGUAAGCUGCAAGUGGAAGUGCAGAACUGGUUUCAUACUCCAUGUACAUGGCAUUCCGUAUGGCAUAUCAACCUGCUAUGUUGUAGGGAUUGCUAGUAGGAUUGCCUUAGGGUUUCCUGCAUAAAUUUCCUGCAUGGAUUUGUCUGAUCUCUGUGCUUGUGGCUUCAUACCUUUUUGUGACUUUAUUUACUGUGCUUUAUGUGCCUUUACUGGCCAAAAUGUUAAAGCAAUCCUGCAUUUCCAAAUGCAGAAGGCAAUCGUCCACAUGCAGGAUUGGCAAUUUUUCCAUUUGUAAUGCAAUGUAUGGUUGAUAAUGAACGAUUUUCAAAGUCACAAAGCUGUUUAAGGCAAGAGAUGUGAAGUUUAGGCAAAUCCCUGCCCUAACCAUCAUUCCCGUGCAGGCUGAACCACCAUGCGUGCAACUCCCUUAGGGAACUCUAGCAACUUUUGUAGAAAACUUAAUAGGUUGAGCUGGGCUAUGGAAUGUCUCUUUUGAUUGGCGUUACUGGGUCUGCGUACACUGUCAUGCAAGCUUCUUAUUUUGAUGCUUGUUGAAUAGGGUCUGUAAGGACUGGAUAGUGCUUUUAACCUAAUUGCAAAUAAAAUUUGCAUCCACACUCUUCAUUGCAUCUUGUAUUCCACAUCUAUCACUGAGGCUGUGCAGUUUUGUUUAAAUCUUUCAUGGAUCUACAUAUUAUAUUUUUGAAAGCAGGCGGCAGUUGUUAUGCGUCUCCUUUUUGCUCAUACCUCCUCUUGCGUCAUGUACAACGCACAUUGAAACUUUUGUGUUAGCCGAUGAAAUGUUCACCUUUGUUGUUUUGGUGUACAAUUGUUCACUUUUUGUGGAUUGUUUUACAAUUAUGUUACUGUUGCUUGGGUUUGGUAACCAUGGCAAGUAUUCUUGCCCCAAGUGUACUAAGCUUCAGCACUUGCCAUUUGCAGCUAAAAAAUCUUGAUUGCUAAUUUCAAGAAUUGUUUCAUGCCAUGCAGCUGAAACACUUUUAUGAUAUGCAUGCACAAGUGUGUCAAUAUGGUCCCAAGCCGUACAAGAAGAUAAACACGCAUUGCUGUUUCAGAAAGUGCAGUAAAGCAUUGUAAGCAAGCCCAACACGCAUGCAGUUUAGUUUCUCCUCCAUUACAGUAGCCUGAGAAUGAACUCUGCACUUAUUUCUUCUCUUCACUUGCAAUCACAUUAACGGGAUUUUAACUUUGUAUCCUUUCUUUUUUUCAUGAUUCUUUCAUGUGAUAUGCUUUGCACCUGGGGCCGAAUUCAGAGUGAUUCUCAGGAAGUUUUCAUGUCUCAGCAACUAACAAACAAUAAUGUGCCAUGUCACACUGCAUAUGUAUUUGAAAGGGAAGAAAAGGACUGGAUGACGUGAUGCACUGGCUGUAAUCAAUUAUUUUUCACAGUCGAUAGCUCUUAAGGUUGCAUCACACGACUUUCCGGUCUGCACACCUGUGUACGUGAUUACUAUAGCUGAGUGCACUGCCUUCAAGAUUGGUUCAUUUCAUUUCCUGCUAUAGAAACAGGAUGGGAAGGUAUAAGUUAGGGGAGCAUGCUGGGAGCAUAAUUCCUUGCUGAAUAUUUCGGGCUUUAAACUGCUUAUAGACACGUAAAAACAUUUCUGUCAAAAAAUGCUGUAAGGUAAAGUGGCAACAGUAAUGUUACAUCUUUUACUGGAGCACCACAACUUUAACUCCUCAUACAGUAGUGCACGAUUGGGUAGGUUUUACAUGAGAUUGCACAUGAUUGGAACUUGAUUUCGUAGAAUUGAAGAGCAUGGUAGAGAAGCUGUUUGCUGUUUAUGACUCUGUAACCAUUAACAUGUACAGAUCUAGGCUUUUUGCCAAAGAGUAGACGAACAAGAUUUGCAAGACUAGGCAGUGAGAGCAAUAUUUAUUAUUGUAAUUUUUGACAACCAACUGCACACAACAGAGCUGCUGCUGAGUGUAGCAGUAUAGUCGACUUCCGUUAAUUCGACCUUGACGGGACCGACAAAAUUUAUCCCAUUAUCUGGCGGGUCGAAUUAAACGAGAUGCAGAAAAAACGCCUAACUGGACCGACAGUAUUUGCCAAAAUCCAGACACACCCUCGAAUCAAACGCGCGCCCACUUUUUAUCUGUCCAAAGUAGGAAACUAAUGUAGAAAUAACAUUGAAGAUCUUAAACAAUGUAGAAAUCAAACGCGCACCUAAUUUUUUAGCAAGAGGAAGGGGCAAGGGCUUAUUGCACAAUGGCGGCCAGUUUUCUAAAGUCUGCUUUGCCGCAUUACAUUUCAGUUAUGCGGUAAAGCAUACCAAAUCUGUUUUUGUUUCGUAUUCUAUUGCACCACGUGGGUAACUUUUGGCCCAAUUUUCCUGGAAAACAUAAGGCACGCAUUAGAAUCAGACAAGUAGCGUAAUCAUACAUAUUGAGCUAUGGUUGUUCUGUGAAAAUCUGUCUAGGGCUGAUUAGUCAUGUUUGAAUUAUUCGUCGAAGGCCAAUUAUAGGACUGAAAUAAUGCAAGUUUAGACCCAUAGAAAUGCAUGGGUGCUGGUUGGGACCUUCGUUCAGGAUUGAAUUAACCGAAAAUUUGAAUUAACUGAAGUCUAUACAAUUUCCUUUGUCAACUUCACCUAAUAUUCUCUCGUCACUAAAUGGCACUCGUCAUUCGUUGGAUGAUUAAUGUGCACAAUUACAAUGUUGUUAAAGAUUUCGGGGGGAUCUCCCCCUGCAUUGCAGCAAAUUGCAGAUGUGCUUCACUGUUUGGCAAAAGUCUUGUCCAUGACCCUCCCCCCUCCCCACCUUUCUUUUUGCUCUCUGAACUGUGUGCCGAGUUUUUUAAUGGGUAAUGUUGAAAACAGAUUUCUACUGUGCUUACUGCAGUUUGGAAGCAUUCUUUUUGACAACCAUGACUGUCACUGCACCUUGCCUGUGGAGCUCUAGUCAAACUGCACUUAGCAUUUGACAGUCAAUUAUCACCGAGCAGGGUACUUUCUGCCAUUUGAAGUUAUGUUUUAUUAAAUAUAUUACUGUGAAUUGAGUGAUCCCAUGUUAGUAAUACUUCUAAUGGUCAUUUCAGCAGUGUGAUUACAUAUGCUAUGCAGUGUCAUUGUUGACAUGUUUUGCUUUUUACCUUUCAUUGUGCAUGUUGGCAGGUGAUCUGAUGUCAACAUGAAGUUUGUAUUUGUGUUUCGUUUUUCUCUAUUCAGCUGCAGUCAAAUGUCACACAAUUCAGCUUUACAUGCAGCUUUAGCACUACUGAGCAUGUUUUCUGAUAGAGAACCUUUGCACAUUAUUUGUAACAGGGGUAUGCAAAGGCCGACUUCAAGGGAUAGAAAAUGUCGAUGGCCAACACAGAUAGGUUGUAACUUAUCAUUGAACUUUUGCUGAUGAGUACUACCUUAAUCUGGCCUGUUGUUGGCACGAUGUUUCACUAAUUUUGUCAGCCUAAUCAAAGGGCACUAUGAGAUUUUAUAGUGUUUUGAAUGCCUGUAGAGGGCGAGAGUAGUCCAUGACUUCUGUUUUUUUUUAUGUGACGUUUCCAAAACAUAAAUUUAGGUGGCUCAAUUACAUUCGUGGCAAAAAUUAGCUGUGUGUUUUGUAUAGAUGGUUUGCAUUCAGGUAAUCAUACAUUGUCAGUGGUAUGCUUGCCAAUUGGAGAAGUGGGAUUGGUGUAAUGCUACAUAAGCUAACUGAGGCUAGCAUUGCACUGUGAAAUAUAUAUUUAGGGGAAAGGUAAAUGUGCUCAUGUCAUUUAUAAAUUAGUUUGCUUAGUGUAUAAGUGUUACAAAACAAAAAAAAAACACUGGAGAUCAGUGGCAUCAACAUGCAUUCAGCAGAUCAGAUGUCUUAUCUGCUGCAUUCACAUUUCCCGUUGUAAUUGACAUAAUUGUUAAAGUGGAUGGCUUGUUUGUACACAAUCUUUUCCAGCUUUGUAUUAGUGGUUGUGCAUUAUGUCUAUUUUGUAUAGUAACUGCUUUUGUAUUUUUAUAAGAAAACUUUAUAUAUACACUUUUAGAAAAUAAAUAUUAAAAAAAGAUGGUUCUGGA